AGUAAUCACUAGACUAGUCCACUACCACCCAACCCCAACCCCAACCCCAUUUUAAGCCACCCAAUGCACUAAAGCUCUUGCUACGUACAAGUAUUAUUUUUAUGACUUGAUCUCAUAACCUCCUAAUCACGUAACAAUAACUUUACCAAGAUGGUACUAUGUAUCAAGAAGAAAAAAAAAGAGUAAUCACUAGUACCCCCAGCCCCCAACCCUUAUAUAACCCCCAUAAACCCUCAAACCCUCCCAACAAUCACCAACCAAAAAAAAAAAAGCUUCAUUACAAUGGCCUCCAAAAUCACCAGAUCUCUCUACACUUCUCGCUUUCUCUCUUCUUCCCUUCGCUUCCUCUCCUCCACCUCCUCCUCCUCAUCACCGUCCAUUUCUCACACUCCUAUCUCCACCGUCCGAUCUUCAUUUCUCUUCUCCCACUCUCUUUACCCUAAUUUCCCAAAACCGUUCAGUUUUAACCCGGUCCGGUUCCGUAUGAACCGGUCCGGUGGUAACUCCCCGUACACUCCAGGAACCGGUGACCGUGCUCCGACUGAAAUGGCGCCGUUGUUUCCCGGUUGCGAUUAUGAGCAUUGGCUUAUUGUUAUGGAUAAACCCGGCGGCGAAGGAGCUAGUAAACAGCAAAUGAUUGAUUGUUAUGUUCAAACACUAGCUAAAGUUGUCGGGAGCGAAGAGGAAGCAAUAAAGAAGAUUUACAAUGUCUCAUGUGAGAGGUACUUUGGUUUUGGGUGUGAAGUUGACGAGGAGACUUCUAAUAAAAUGGAAGGUUUGCCAGGUGUUCUGUUUGUGCUGCCCGAUUCCUAUGUCGAUCCUGAAUACAAGGAUUAUGGAGCUGAACUUUUUGUCAAUGGGCAGAUAGUUCAAAGAUCACCUGAACGACAGAGGAGAGUAGAGCCUGUCCCUCAGCGUAACGACAGAAUAAGACCCAAUAGAUUCAACAGGCGCAGAGAUAACAUGCGAUGAAUUAUAUCAACAUAAGGAAAGACUCAGUGGGUGAGACUCGUAUUGCACUGUUGUGUGGAAGUUCAUGUGUUAGAAACUUUGAUACUUUUGUUUCCUAGUCGGAACAUGUCUUUAGUCAAACUCUAUGUGCUUGCAUUUGCUCCUUUUCGCCUUUCAAACCGGCAUUGCUUAAUCUUCUUGGUUAUGAAGACUUUUAUCUUAGAAUUUCCCAGAUGUAUAUACUACUAUGAUAUAAUCUUGAAAAUCGUGUACGAUUGUGUCUUUGCUGAUA